UAGGGCCAAUAUGAGUGGGCACAUAGUAUUGCAAAAAAAAAAUGGUGAAUGGAGCGUGCCAUAUCCAUUGCCGUGUGGUCAAAAGGUUAAGAUUGGUGGUGCCCAAAAUAGUGAUGUACGCUUGAAACUGAAAGAGAAUUCUCUGUUAAAAGACACGCAUUGCGUCUUGAAUAUCGACGAAGAUGGGGUUUGUACUCUUAUAAAUAAAGUUCCUGAUGUACCAGUUUAUGUAAAUGGGGAAAAGGUGGCAAAGCCGUACAUAUUGAAAUCUAUGGAUAAAUUUCAAAUUUUUGAAAAAGUGUUUCAAUAUCGUAAUGAUAGCAUCGAUAACGCGAAAAUUAACAACAAAGUUGCAGUGAUCGAAUAUCGAAAAUCGGACCUGCCUUUGCGGAAAUAUUCAAAGAAAUCACCUACAUUCAAAACAAAAAUCCCGGUGAAACGAGCCGCGGUCGGCGGGAUGAUUGGUUUGCAGAGUUCUACAGCUUCGAACCGAGUACCCAAAACGUCGGCUACAAACUCAGCCCAUCCGCCCAAACGACCUAAGUCGACCUCGAGGAUCAUCGUCUCGAAGGGGUUGAACACGCCGAGGACCAAAUUGGUGCGGCGUUUUUCGCUAAAUGACGAGGCGAGGAGUGGGCCGACCAAGCAGAUUUCCGAAAGAAACGUCUUGUUGUCGUCGAAGAUCAACAUUACUAUAUCCGAGCAGCGGGAAUAUUUGCCGACCGAUGAACGCAAUACCGGAAUCUUUGCGAAAGAUUUGUCGGUCGACAUCGUCCACUACGAGGACGGUGCCCGCACGAACCUCCCAAAAACGCCAUUAAAUAAGAAAAUGGACGCGUUGUCGCCAUUUUAUCGCGGCGAUCGGAUCUUCAAAAUGUCGCCCAAGGAGAACGGCGUUUCCUUGACGUUUUCCCCCCACGCGUUGCCCAGCGACGCCCAAAACUCGAUAAAUUUCGAUGCCAUCGACGUGAAGGGCACCAUUAGGACGGCCAAACAGUACAUGGCGACCGGCAGUUACCGUGCAUCGCCUCUUUUUAAGAAAGCCGACCAGUGGCGUAGGGACGGCCAAAAAGCUAACUUGGAGGACGUGGGAAGCGGUAAGCCUGAAGAGAGACAACAAGUCGAGAACGUAGGAGUGUUUGACGAAGAUACGCAAGAAGCCGGCCCGAAAUUCGAAGCGAACCUUUCGACCGGAAGGAAACGUGCGUCGCGCACGAGACGAAGCCUCCGAGGAGACGUCAGCGCCAGCGUCUUCGACGAAAGUACCCAAGAGGUUCCGGGAGUCAAAGUACCCGCGCCGACGCCCGAUAAUGUUACCCCGGGAACCGCAAAAAGCGCGACGGUGGUGGCGAUGCCGAGGUACGCUCCGAGAAAAUGCGCCUCGAUCUACAGGAGGGCGCACAGCACCAGCUCUGCGGACGUGCCUGCUGCAAAAUCCACACCGCAUUCGAAAUCGAGAUUUUCAACUAUCGGCCUCGCAAUGGGAAACACGAGAAAAUCGUCUGGGCAUUCGGCUCCGAAGAGGGUCGAAGUUUCGUCACCUGACUGCCAGGAAAUGGAACAAACCGCAACACCGCCCUUAUCCGUGCAAAACACCCCAGAAGUGUCAGAAUGGGCCAGUUUUGCAAGAUCUAGAUCCUCGAUCGGAAUGGCUAUGGUUUCGUUUCGGUCCAAGUCGAGAGCGACGCGUUUGCAGGGGAAUCAAGUACCUAUUGAUUCUUUCGCCAAAUCGAAUUCGGAGGAGUCUUCGCCGAAAGCACCCGUCGUUUCUUCUCGAUCUUCUACGAGGUUGUCUGCGCAAACGCCAGCACAAAGGUUUUCUUCUCGAUCUAGAUCUUCUUCCGUUGCCGUCGGAGAAAUGGGUACCAAGGGUCACUCAUCCGGUGAUUCUUCCUUGGAAUGGGAAGUAUUUGAAUCGUCACCGGCUGUACCGGUUGCUUCGCGGUCAUCUUCGAGAUUUUCUACGGUAGACAAAUCAAAAUCUUCAAGUUCAAAGGUCAGCAAUUUGGUACAGACCCCAGCACCGCGACUAUCCAGAUCGAGAUCUUACAUCAUUGACGGCGAUAAUUUUGAAAAAUCCAUCCAUCCGACGGAACCAGUCACGCCCCUGGGUGUAUCGGCGCCGAAAUCUUCAACUUCAAGAAUCAGCAAAACCGCUCAAACCCCAGCGUCAAGACUAUCCAAAUUUAGGUCUUCCAGGACAGACGGAGAUACAUUUGACAAAUCUAUCGGUUCCACGGGCAAAAUUUACACACCUGAAUCUUCCGUUACUGGCGGAGAGAUGGCGGGGCAAGAGCUGCCAAUAGAUGGUUCAUUGAAAGACUCUUCAUUGGCGUCGAACCCAUCGCCACGCAUAUCCGUUUCCAUUCGGUCUUCUUCGAGCUUGUCUAGAGUAGACAAAUUUGAGAUAUCUAACGUCUCGACGGCGUCGAAACCGUCAGCUUCAAGAGUCAGGAGAACUAGAUCUAGAUCUUCAAUCACUAAUAGAGAUAAUUUGGAAAAAUCGUUUGAUUCGACGGAAAAAGUUACAGCCUUGAGUUUAUCGGCGUCGAAAUCUUCCAUUUCAAAAAUCAGCAAAAUGACUCAAACGCCAGCACCGAGACUAUCCAGAUCUAGGUCUUCCGUUACCCGCGGAGAAUUAACGGGCCGAGAGUUGAGGUCGAAGGAUGGCUCACGGAAUUCCGUUUCCUCUCUGUCCUCUUCGAGGUUGUCUAGAAUAGACAAGAUUGAGACACCUGCACUGAGAUUGUCCAGGUCUAUAUCUUCCAUAAUCGGUGGAAAUGAUUUUGAAAAAUCAGAUGGGGGAUCUCCCAUUACAGCAGGAGAAGAGUUGAAUAAAAGAGACGAACCGUCAUUACAGAUAAUGUCCGUUUCCUCUCGAUCCUCUUCGAGGUUAUCUCCAGUGGACAAGUUUGAGAAAUCCGCAGGUUCUAGGCCGUCGAAGGUCAGCAAAACUGCGCAGACUCCGGCACCGAGAGUGUCCAGAUCGAGGUCGGAAUCGAAAGCGUCGAUUAUUUCGAUUCCUUGCGAUUCCUACCGGAAAAGUACCGAGAUUCGUUCGUCGAACGAUUCGUCGCUGGCGUCGGACGUCAACGAGACGACGGCGUCGCUAAGAUCGAUUUCGGCGCGGUCGUUUUCGAGUUUCCGACGAAAUUCGAAGACCGACGCGAAAUCGCGCCACGAUAACAACUUCGGCACCGAGGUGUCGUUCACGUCGACGCCGUUGCCCAAGCGUCAUGCGGACGAAACUUCGGAAAUUAUAAACGUCACGUCCGUGUCCGACGAGGCCGAAAAGUCCGCCUGGAAAUCGUUCGCCGACGUCGAGGACGCGACGCCCAAGUCUGCGGUCAAGACGCGCAGAUCGGUACAGUCUGUUUACUACCCCGUGACAGAGGAUAUCACGCCCGUGACUCCCGAGAAGUGCAUCGCCGACGACGACGGCGCGUUCAAAACGCCCGUCAACACUCCCGGCUUGUUCGAGAGUAUCAAAAAAUCGGCUAUGAGGUCACUGAAACGGGGCAGGGAGUCGUCCGCUGGCGGUGUCCUAAAAGCGAAACGCGCGAGGAUCGAAUCGCCCAAGAACAAGACGAGCGUUAAGGAUCUAUUCCGCGGAAAAUCGCCGAAAAACGACCUCGGCAAAGUGCCGCAGAGUCCCCGUAACGAUUAUACGGAUGUGGCGGGCGUCAAGAAGAUGUUCGUCACACCCAAAGAGAACAAACCUCCGAAGGACGACCUGACCAAAGUGCCGAACUUGAGACCCCUAAUGUCACCGAAAGCGGUGCCCAAGACUCCUCGAAACGAUUAUUCGAACAUCGCCGGCGUGAAGAAGAUGUUCGCCACGCCCAAGGAGAACAAAUCUCCGAAGAACGACCUGACCAAAGUGCCGAACUUGAGACCCCUAAUGUCACCGAAAGUGGUGUCCAAGACUCCUCGAAACGAUUAUUCGAACGUCGCGUGCGUGAAGAAGAUGUUCGCCACGCCCAAGGAGAACAAAUCCCCAAGGAACGAUCUGACUAAAGUGCCGAACUUGCGAGCCCUAAUGUCACCGAAAGCGGCCGCCAAGAGUCCCCGAAACGAUUAUUCGAACGUCGCGGGCGUGAAGAAGAUGUUCGCCACGCCCAAAGAGAACAAAUCUCCGAAGAACGACCUGACCAAAGUGCCAAACUUGCGACGUAUCAUGUCGCCCCGCGAGCAAAACGGUCCGGCCAACGAUCUGUCGGAACCGUACGGCGUGAAGCGAAUGUUCGCCACGCCCACUAAAGAGCCGCGUAACGAUCUGAGCGACGUCGAGGGCGUAGAUCGUUUGUUCGACGAUCCAUUCGAAAAUCUGAGCGGUAAAAAGACGCUGCGCGCGUACAGGAGAAGUUUAUCGACGACGGUGAAGGAGCCCGGCGAGGAGAGUGAAAGGAAAACUUCGGCCGACGUGCCCGAAUGUUCUCCCUGGGUCGAGCAGUGGGUGAAAGAACAGCAAGCGGAACGACGAGAUCCCGUGUCGAGGAGAGCCGUCGAGAAGGAUCCGGAGGUGAUCGUAUCGCCCGAUCGAUCGACAAGAUCGGGAAGAACCAGGAGAGCGAGACGGGAAAACAACAAUGACGUUUCGGACUUGGCCGAAAAGCCCGCCAGGGUCUUAAGGACGAGGCGGGCGGCCGAGCCGAGAGAAAAGGAACCUUCGAAAUCUACGAGAAAAAGAAAAAUGGUUAGCGAGUCGGGAACCGAUACGGCAACAACGGAGUCGAACGUUCCACCUGUGGAGUCAUCAAAAUUAUCCGCUCCGAAGACCAAAAGAUCGGUUCCUAAAAUUCAAGAGUCACAAACAAGUAAUCCAGCGGAGACGACGCCAGACGGCCCUUGCCGAAAUACCAGAAGAAGACAGCGGCAGGUGAAAAAAGAUGAGGUUGGGGAGGAGCAACACUCCCCUGCUGCGCCGUUACAAAAACAACAGGCGAGAAAGAAGAAGGUGACCGACGAAGAAGCGAUCGAAGCGCCGAAAAAGUCGACGAGGAGUAGGAAGAAGAAUGAGGAGCAUGUAAAAGAGGUCGUCGAGGAAACGGAGAAACCGAAACCGACAAAAAGUAAAAAAACUAAAACGUCGAUUGAAACGGGAGAAGGAAUCGAUGUGAAUUCGCCGCGAGAGACCAGAAGCAGGAAAGGGACGAACAGGAAAUAUUCCCAGGAGCUUUACGAAAUUCCGAAAAUGAAAGCAGCGCCUAUGAAAAAGGUCCAUUUCGAAGAGGAGAAAAUUGAUAAGAAUGCGGGAAUUAGGCGAUCAAAGAGGAAGCGAGUGUAAAUAGCAUGAAUUUUCCUUGUAAAUAGGUAUUAGAAAAAUGAUUUUAGCAAUGUUUUAGUUUUGUUUUAAACAAAAAGAUGUGAAAUAAAAGUAUGUGUUGAAUAAAACGAAAAAAAAAAACUAUCCUCCCAAGUAUAUAUAUUUAUUAUAUCAAACGCAAGUGUGUUACAUGAUGAUUAAAAAUUUCUUAGUAAAGUAUCCUUCAAUAUUAAAACAUAUUUUAUUUACCGUAUUCGGUAAAAACAUUU